ACUAUAAAGAUUGUUCAGGAUUUGAAAAAGAUAAACCUACAGAAACUGGAGAAGCUGAAAACCUUGAUAAUAUCAUCAACGGAUAUUCUUUAAUUGCAGAAAGAAAUUUCAAGUUGUAUCAUUUGGGCAUUUACUAUUUACCCGAAGAUCGACAAAUGGCAAUUAAGUAUCUGAAUUUAGCUGCUUCGCAAAAUAAUAAUGAUGCUAAG